AUGGCAGCCCAUAUCGCUUAUGAGCUUGAAGAUGGAGAGGUCCAUGGAACGCUGUUUAAAGGGAUGAAAUUCUGGGUUGCCCAGCGUGUCCCGAUACGCAAUGAUAUCCUCAAAAUGAUCAAGGACAACGGGGGUGAGGUUGUUCGGCUCGAAAAGCAGGCUGAUAUUCUCAUUGCCGAUCAUGCCCGCAAGGACGCUCCUGAAGGCUCCGUCUCAUGGAAGUUCGUCACAGAGUCCAUUCAGCAGGGCCAGCGUCUCAACAAAGACAGUUAUAUCAUCCAACAUGGAGCUUCAACCUUAGCCUCAGCUUCAGAUGCACAGCCUUCCCGGGUGCGAGGUAAGACCGCACCGAGAAAGCACGCCCGGAACCCAUUUACGAAGGACGAUGACCGUAUCCUGGCUGCUUGGGUCCUCAACCAUGCUCUUCAGGACAGGAUCAGUGGGAAUGAGGUUUACAAAAAGCUUGAUCAAGAGUACCCCAACAGCGGCCACACCUGGCAGUCGUGGAGAGACCGCUGGGUGAAAAGGCUCGCGUAUUAUUCCAAGAAGGAGAUACAGGCUCUUGCGCGGGAGGCCCCGGAGGGUUGGCGCAAACAGGUUCAAAGAGCGCAAGGUCGGGGAGCACCGACUCGAGUAACGCCAAUUCGGGAACAACAGGCUACCGCAUCACAAACAACUGCAUCACAGCAGGACGUAUCAGAGUCCAGCUCAUCCGAGGCUGAGGGUCCUUCACCGCAUGCCACUCCACCACGAGAGAGACAAGACAACCAGAUGCGCUCUACUUCUUCCCCUGGCUUAGCCUCGCCUAAGAGAAACCAUUUCACGGCGCAAGAAGACGAGAUGCUCGUCGCGUAUGUCAAAGAAUGUGAGAAUGAGGGUUUGCAUAUUUAUGGGAACAAGAUAUACCAAACUUUUGCCGAAAAGCACCCCCAACACACGUGGCAGGCGUGGCGCACGAGAUGGUAUAAACAUCUCUCGGGGCACCAACCAGGUACGAGAAGGGUGAAGGGGAAGGAGCCGGUAACGCAAGACUCAGACGAAGAGGGUGAAGAGGUAGAAGGGCAGGCAGAAGCUGAACGGGAAGAGCCCAGAUCUUCUGCCGUGAGUCGCGAGUCAAGCUCAGAGAAAGCGAAAGGGAAGCAACCAGCCCGAAAAGACUCGGAGAAGAAGGAGGGAGAAGUAGAUAGGAAGGUGGAACCAGAAGAAAAUCAUAAGCCCUCCUCAGUGAGUCACCAGCCGGGUGCAAACAAAGGGAAGGGGAAGCGAAUAGUAUCGCAGGACUCAGGGAGUGAAGACAAUGCGGUACCAGGAGAGGGAGAAUCAGAGCACGAAGACUUUGAGUCCGCUCAUGAAGCUAGGGAACGCCGCUUCGCAGAGCUUGAGCGGAAGAAGCAAGAGCUUUUGGCUAGAAAACAGGUUCGCGAACAUGAGAGACAACUACAACAGCAUCAAUUAGGGGAAGAAGCGGGCGCUGAUGAAGAAGCUGUACUUCAUUAUACUCAAGAAGAAGCAGCCGAUUCUUCUGAGGAGGAAUAUUCAGCGCGUGAGCAGUCUCAGCAGGAGGGAGAGACCCAAGACGGGUACGAAGGCCCUAGUCCUGACCUUGGUGAAAAAGGAGAAGACCAUGAUGCGGGCGAAACCUCGGCAUUGGAACUCCCGCGAGCAGAGGAUGAGGUGGAAGACGCGGAGGUUCGAGCAUCUACUCGUGAGCCUUCCCCAUCAGAAGAUGAGCGAGAGACCCAAGAUGAUGAAUCGUUGCCGAUUGAGGAGACUCUCCUUCAGCCAGCCUCAGCACAGUCGAGACAAUCCUCCCAAGCCGCGAGCUCUUGCUCUCAACCGAGACCCACUUCCCGGCCGAUCCAGGAAGCACCGCCCAACCUCAAUAUUGACCGCAAAGUCUUCUGGUAUGCCUUCAACCAGUUCCGCAACAUCGCCUUCGGCCCAUCAGCGCGUCGUUCCUUUUGGGCCCAGAUCGGCAGGCACACGGUCGAUUAUUACAACUUGUGGGUAGCCGUGACGAAGGAGGAUCAUCACGCAUCACGCAACUGGUGGAAGAUUUGUGAGGACCUAGGGCUGAACUGGAUCGAGGAUCGGGAUCUUCCUGAUAAGGUGAAGGAAGUGUAUGAGCGUGAGCUGAUGCAGCUUGAGGCGGCGAUUAAGGAGUAUUCGGUUGAGGAGUUGAGGAUGGAGGCUGAGGAAGAAGAAUUGGGGCAAAGGAUGGGAGGGAGCGAGAGUGAUGAGGAAGAUGAGGAGUAUGAGCAAGAUACCGAAGGGAUUGAACCUGAUAGUGAGGCUGAUAUGAGCGCCGAUGAGAAGGAAGAAGUGGUCAUCGAAGGAGUUGAAUCCAAAAGCGAGGAGGAAGAGGAUGUUUGGGAGGAAGCAGAGGAAGAGCCUACGCCCACCCGAGCCAGACACUUGCGAACUCUACACAUUGCUCCCUCGCCUCCAGCACCUAGCACGAAGAGAACCUUCUCCAAGAUGGGAGGUUCCUCGAGCUUGUCAGCUCGGAAGCGACGCCGCUAUGAUCGCGACGAAGAGAUUCCGGAAACGCAAUUUCGGCCCAAUGACCGGCCGAGCUCACCUGAGAUCCAAGAGACGCCGCCGCACAAGACUGCCGCUUCAUCCUAUCGACAAGGUUCUAAGAACACCCAAAAAGGUUCACAGCUCUUCUCCCGCACCAAUGUGGACUCUAAGAGCGCCGAUGCAUCUCAGUACUUCAGCGCUCCAACCCAAGAGAACGGCUCCGAAUGCGCAGAACCAGGGACUCAGUACUAUAGCUUUCCUCGAAAUGAAAAUGGCCUCGUCCAAGAUGGUGAUAACCUCCUUCAGGAUGAUGACGAUGACUGGCUGGCGCCCUCACGACAGCUGCUAUCCGAGCUGGGUGAACAUGCUCCAGAUGGCUCUCCUGACAGACCGCUGCUUAGUAUCGAAGCUGUUGAUCCACAGUUCGAGCCGGAGGAGAAACAACCAGAUGAGGACGAAGACGAUGAGGAUGACGAGGAAGAUGAGGAUGAAGAGGCCUUCGAAACCUUACCGAGGUACAGCUCAACCACCCAGCGCAAGCAAACAGCUGCAGCCGGUCUCGUAACCCACCGAGCUCCAGUCGAACCACGUUAUAACCCCCAAUAUUCCCGUCUCGACGAGGGGAAAGGCAAAGAAUCCGCUUUCGCCAGCUUCUCACCGUCCCCUCCCCUCCCCCGAGAAGAAGACGAAGAGGACGAUGAAGUUGAUGACGACGACUAUGAAGAUGCUUUCGAGGCCUUGCCAAAGCAGCACCCAGCUUUUCAACACAAACAGGUAGCAACAAACCGUCUCUCCACCCACCGUGCUCAACCUCUGCCUGCCCGCCUCGACAAAGGCCAGAGCAAGCAAACCGUUCUUUCCAGUUCCCCUCCAACUUUCCCCCUCUCCCACUCCUCUUAUCCACACCAAAAUCCCUUCACCCCUAUCCCCAACCGUUUCCCACUCUCCUCCGCCCUCCCUCAAAACCAUGGAACCAUCCCUCGCCGCCCUUCCUACCCUCCUCCUCCCGACUCCCCCUCGUCCAACGCAGCCGCAAACCUCGAAGCCUUUGAAUCCAUCAUAAAAUAUUACACCUCCCUAGGCCACAGACCCUCCGACAUCUCCCGCGCACUUCGUGCUACCUCCCUCCGUCACGUCCCACACUUCCCUUCGGUCCUCUCACAUCUCGAGCAGUAUGGCCGCGUCGAGAUGGAGAUACCGGAGGUGUGGACCGAGAGAGAGGAUGAGAUCCUCAGGGGGGUGAUGAAAUACCUGCAAAAGUUGAAGGGGAAAAUGCCGAGAUGGGAGGAUGGUGCAGCGUGGUGUGGAGGGGAUGCGGAGCUAUGUAGGGGGUUUUGGAGGGUGGUUGAGAGGUGGAAGUGGAAGGGGGUUAGGGAGAGGGUGAGAUUUUUGGAGGAUUGGGAGAUGGCUAAGGUGUGA